AUCUGACGCAACCUUAUCAAUCGUUUAAAUAUAAAAGCGGUUCAAACCAAGCGCGGUGUCAGUAUUGUCAAGUGUACGUCCUCGAACCGAUUCCACCAAACAUACAAAUUUCCGAAACGUGUCUCAGUUUUCUGAUGAAAAAAAAAACUUUCGAGAAUUCCUUGACAAUAAUUUUCCAACUGGUGUUCAUUUUCCGGUAGUACUGAUUUUAAAUUUGGAUUUUGUUGAAAGUUUUGUUAAUCAACGGCUUUAUUUGUGAGAAGGAAAUUCGUCGAAAUUGGGUUUGAGUUUUAAGUGAAAGUGAAGUAAAAUUGAAUUCGGUACAUUUAUUACCCUUUCUCUUUAUCUGCUCGCGAAAUCAGGAAAGAUGAUGAAAAGCAAAGCAAAGUUCAAGUUGGACUAUGCCGAGUUUAAAACAGAAGUUGCUAAGCGGAGGCGUUCGGCACCCACGAGAGAGCUUACGAAGAUUGCCUUUUCUACACCUCAUAGUGUAAUUUCCCUAGCUGAGGGCAUGCCAAAUGAGGAAACUUUUCCAUUCGCGGAAAUCACUGUCAAAUUGAAGGAUGGAGCGGAAUUUACUCUGGAAGGAGAAGAAUUAGGAGCAGCUCUUCAGUAUCUUCCGAGCCAAGGCUUUCCUCCACUAUUAGAAGCAAUAAGGGAAUUUCAAAGAAGGGCACAUGCGCCACCCCUCUGGGAGAGUCGAGAUGUCGUGAUAGUAGCCGGAGGUCAAGAUGGACUGAGUAAAUCGCUUGAAGCCAUAAUUGGUUACGGGGAUCCAAUUCUGGUCCAAGAUCCGUUUUACCCUGGAGCUGAAGUAGUGAUCGCGCCUCACGAAGCUGAACUUAUACCUAUCCGGCAAGAUGAUGAAGGAGUUGAUCCGGAAUGUUUGAGGGAAAUUUUAAGGACCCGGGAAGCAUCCAGGAAAAAAAUGCCAAAACUUAUGUACAUAAAUGCUACUGGUGCAAAUCCUACUGGAACGGUUAUGCCUUUGGAAAGACGCAAGGAAAUAUAUAGGAUAGCCUGCGAUUAUAAUUUCCUGAUUCUGGAUGAUGAUCCUUAUCACUUUAUGUACUUUACCGAAGAGGCACCAAAAUCUUUCCUUUCUCUGGACACAGAAGGAAGGGUGAUUAGAUUAGAUUCUUUUUCUAAAGUUUUGAGCAGUGGACUCAGAAUAGGUGUCAUAACAGCUCCAGCCCCGUUGGUUGCUAGUGUUGAACUUCACAUGCAAAGUAGUCACCUUCACGCAACUACUUUGUCACAGGUGAUACUGUAUAAAUUGCUCAAGAUCUGGGGAUAUGAGAGGCUAAUGGAUCAUUUCCGUAGUAUAAGGUCCAUCUACAAAGAACGUCGUGAUGCCAUGGUCGUUUUUGCAGAAAAACAUUUACGAGGUUUGGCAGAUUUCAGUCAACCAAGUGCUGGAUUUUUCUUGUGGAUUCAAGUUCGAGGUGUUAGUGACACCUGGAAAAUGGUAAUGCAGCGAGGGGUGACACAUGGGGUUUUGCUGGCUCCAGGGGCUGCUUUCAUGGCUGAUCCUUCUAAGCCUUGCAACGCCAUCAGGGCGAGUUUUGCCAAAGCUAGUUACAAAGAAAUGAAUUUGGCAUUGGAACGGUUGGCAUUGUUGAUAAAAGAGGAAUUGGCUGAAAAUAAAUUGAUAUUGGCUGGUGAUACGUGAUAAAAUUACCGACCAGUUUCGCCAGAACUCAAAAGAUAAAAAAUUUUCGUAAAGAAAAAAACCCUUGGCGGUCGAUAAUAGGCACUAGGGUGAGUUACCGUCGAACGGUUACCGACGGUGAAGAAAAAUUAGCUCUGCCUUGUUCAGGAUCGGUAAAUUAUAAUCGAUCGAAUAAAGUAGUACCACAAAAACCAAAAAAUAGAUUUAAAAAUUUGAAUCUUUUUUGGGACCCAUUGAAAAAUAGCCGAUUCUUAAAAGAUCGAGGACGUAGCUUUAUUUGUUAUUCGUUAAUAAUAAAAUUGUUGUGCAAUAUUUGCAUAAUAAAUAAUAAGUUGAGUUUCAGGAUACAUAUUAUCGUAUUUCGAAUAAUUAGUAAUUUUUAUUAUUUAAAAAAGUUCAAAUUCAAUUUGUAUAUAUUUUAUUUCGGAAUGAAAUGGUUUUGGCAUUCAAGAAGAUGUUGAAGAAUGCUAAAUGUUGAAGAAUUAA